AUGUCUCUCCUCCGCCUCCGCGUCCGCUCCGCUCUCUCUCUGUCUUCUCCGAUCUACCAGCUCCGCCGCCAAGUUUCAUCUCUCCCCCUCCAAAACCAUACUACUCCUAGCUCCGCCGCCACCUUCCCCUUCGCCAUUCCGAGAGACCCUUCCUCACCUCCCCUGACGCUACCCACUGAUCUCAUAUCCAAGUUCGAUUACACCGCCUCCCAUGUUUUGGCCAAAGUUGAGGCCUUGACCAAUCUAUCCAACCUCGACGCAGCCGCUGAAUACGCGCGUCUCGCUGUCUUGUCCGUUCCCAAAAGCACUAAAAACCUGAAAACCAAAACCCAAAUCGCCGAGACUUGCCGUCUUAUCAUCGGCGCAAUGUGCAGGAAGAAACGAUAUGAGGAGGCAUACGAGCUAUUCCAUUACUUCUUCAACGUUAACAAUGUAGAACCAGACUGCGAUUGCUGCAGUGACGUCGUCUUUGCUCUUAGCAGUCAAGGUCGUCUGGACGAGGCUAUUCGAUUUUACCGCCGCACAAUCCGUUACGCUCAUUUUAUUCCAGAUUACUACCCUUUGAUGAACGCGUUGAUUGAUGCCGGAAGAGUCGACGAAGCUUACAGUCUCUUCUUUGGCGGGUCCACGUACCCUGUUUUUAUUCGCGGUUUUUUGGCUCAUGGGAACAUGGACAAGGCAAAUGAACUUUUCCAAGAUCUGAAGCAGCAUCGUGAUGAGAGUUAUUCAGACCAUGAUUUUGAGAUGUCGCAAGUGGCAUACAUGGAGCACUGUUUUAAGCAAGGGAAAGAUGAGGAAGCCAUGGAAUGGUACCGUUCUGUAUUACUGUUUGAAGCAAGACAAGGAUGA